AUGCAGAAAAAGGAAACAAAUGAUCUUAAAGUAUGUAACGGAUGGACACAAAAAUGGAUGUGUCCAAAGAAGAUUCAAAAAAAUAACGAUCUCUACAUACGCGAGAUAGUACGUGGACCAUUUUCUUCGCCUAAGUUAUUAGUGUCGCAACCAUUUAUCGAACUUUCGACUUGUCAACGACAAGCUGUAAAUGUUAAUGAAAAUCGCAACGAUCUACGACACGGCAUUCCAAAUGCUUGGAAAGAAUAUUUAGCUAGAAAGGGAUACUGCAAUUCAAUAGAAACACGUGUUCUGCAGAAAAAUUUAAUACCUUCUUACGUUAGAUCUUUCGCCACUGACAGGAUAUGGAACGAGUUAGGUUUACCUCUCGUGCAAGGCAUCCCUGACCCAUGGAAAUGUAAAUUUCUUUUUCAGAGGCGAUCCGUUAAAUGUUUACAACGACGGUGCGCUUACAAUAACAAAAUUUCCGCGCAAAUUGCGUGUAUUUAUGACGGAGACGAUGAAGCAGAAAUAGAACACAGUGCAAAGAGACAAUUUAAUAAAGAUCGUGAUCCGCACCACGACGAAAAUAAAGAAUUGUUUUCUUCGCGGAUAAAAAAAAUGGCGCCUGAAAAGAGUAAAAAUAAUUUCAAGAAAGUAAAGAGCAAUAUAUCGAAACUCGAUGAUGAGUCACCGAUUGAUAAAAAUUCAACAGGGAUUCAACAUGGAAGGCCAAUGCAAAAAUUUAAAAGCGAUUUUAGUACAAAAAGAAAUGUUUCUACCUCUCAGACUAUUAAUUGCGUGAAAAAGGAGGCAAAAUUUACACAAAUGGAUGUGAUUCCAAUAAAAAAAAAAUUAGUGCAGACACCAAACAAAUACAUAGAUACAAGAACCCAAACUGAAAAUAAUCGUAAGAAGAACGUUCAAAAUAUUGUUUGUUGCAAUUGCACCAUACCGAAUCACGUCUAUUCAAAUAUAAAAAAUUGUCCUCAGCGUGCAAGUUCUUGCCAACAGCUGAACGCAUCGAAUCUCGUACUCUGUCAAAAUUGUGAAAAUAUUUUUUACAAAAGAGAUUCUCAAGUAAAUAACACCAUGAAAACGAAGACUACGUGUGUACGUAGCUCAAAAAAUAUCGGGCAAUAUAAAACUAUGAGUCAAAAAAAGUCUGAUAAACGAAAGAAACGUAAAUGGUCUGACUGCUUUAGAAAAGGAAAAACGUGGUUUAAGCAGGAAAAUCUUAUCGAUGCAAAAAGUAAGAUCUGUUGUGAACAAGAUCUGAAGCUUGUUUGCGGUCGAUGUAAUAACCCUUAUCUCAAAAUUGCGUCCUUACGAAGAAGAAAAUGA